GUUAUCGCUUCCCGUCAAGAAGCUUCGGUGGCAUCACCCGCUUUCGCGCUGGUGUUGUCGGAUCACCCCUCCACCUCUCCUUCCCAAAAGCUAGGGUUUCGUCGAGCAAAGUUAUUGCUCGAUUCUUUGGACAGGAGCAGUAUCCCGCAGCGCAAUCAGUAAAGAGUUUUUAAAGAAGAAGCUGGUGAUCCUGUUUUCGUGACUGAAACUCCUGAGUUCAAAUGGGAACCUGCUUGGGGAAGUGUCGGGGCCGAGGUGACUCUGAUGACAUAGAUUUCAAAGCUGGAAAUGUGCAUGUAAUUACUAGCAAAGAGAGCUGGGAUGAGAAGAUUGCGGAUGCAAACAAGGAUGGCAAGCUAGUUGUGGCAAAUUUCAGUGCAUCUUGGUGUGGUCCCUGCAGAAUGAUGGUACCUGUUUAUGCUGAGCUGUCUGAGAAGUAUCCUUCUCUCAUGUUCCUGACAGUUGAUGUGGAUGAGUUGAUGGAUUUCAGUUCAUCAUGGGAUAUUCGUGCGACUCCAACAUUCUUCUUCUUGAAAGAUGGGCAGCAGCUGGAUAAGCUUGUUGGGGCCAACAGACCUGAACUCGAGAAAAAGUUAAAAAUGCUUACUGAAUCCUCAUCCUAGUGCUCCAACUGAGUCCAUCUGGCUAUUGAGAUGAUGAGAAAACAGUCCCUGGCAUAUGUAUUCAUUGAUCCUAUCGUUUGGUCGAUAAGAGUUCCUUGUGUAUUAUUUCCUGCCUCUCAUACUCGGCAUCUCUAUCGGACUUGCAGUUCCCAAUCCCAAUUGUACAGCCUGCUUUCUGGUGACUUAAUAGAACAUGAGGUCAAGGGUUUCAAGUCAGUCUUUUCUCCCAAGAUGAUUGUGAAGUGAAAGCACAAAGAACUCGUGUGCGUUUCAUAACCGGGGACUUUUAAUUGGCUUAACCCUCUGAUGUCAAGUACUUGAUUGGUGGUUUUGACUUUUCAACUGCGGGGCAAGAAUGCAUUUGUGGUGUGCAAAUAUUUGCUUUGUUGUU